AUGCUAAGGGCUGGGAGGUUGUGGGGCCUAGGCCCUGGUGCCGCGCCGGCAACUCUGCGACUGCUGCGAGAGAACCGAGGCGGCGUCAGCCUCCGCGGGGCUCGCCGGGUUAGCACCAGUUGGUCACCAGUCGGAGCCGCCUUCAAUGUCAAAGCGCAGCCCCAGCGUUUAGAGCUGUUCGGCGAGCGCCGGGGUCUAUUUGGUGUCCCAGAGCUAAGUUCUCCUGAAGGAUUUCAUGUUGCACAAGAAAAAGCUUUAAGACAAAGUGAGUUCCUCGUAGAGCGUGCAUGUGCUACACCGCCUGGACCACAAACUGUGUGUAUCUUUGAUCAACUGUCAGAUGCCUUGUGCAAAGUAGCAGAUUUGGCUGAUUUUGUGAAAAUUGCUCAUCCUGACCCUGCAUACAGAGAAGCAGCAGAAGAAGCCUGCAGAAAUAUUGGUACCAUGGUAGAAAAGUUAAAUACAAAUGUGGAAUUAUAUCAAAGUUUACAAAAAUUAUUAGCAGAUGAAAAACUUAUGACUGCUCUUGAUCCUGAAACCAGGAAAGUGGCAGAAUUAUUUAUGUUUGAUUUUGAGAUCAGUGGAAUCCAUUUGGAUGAAGAAAAGCGUAAAAAAGCAGUGGAUCUUAAUGUUAAGAUCUUGGAUUUGAGCAGUACUUUUAUUAUGAGAUCCCACUUUCCCAACAAAAUUGACAAGCAUCUCUUACCUGGCUAUAUCCACCAUAACUUUGAAUGUGAAGGAGAUCAUCUCUUAGUUAAUAAUUUAUAUGCAGAAUCUUCAGAUGAUUUGGUACGAGAAGUAGCUUACAAGGUUUUUCUUUACCCCAGUCUUGACCAGCUGAACUGUUUAGAUGAAUUACUUAGCAGUAGAGAUCUUCUGGCAAAAUUAGUCGGCUAUUCCACAUAUGCUCAUAGAGCUCUCCAAGGAACAAUAGCUAAAAGUCCAGAGGUUGUAACACAGUUCCUUGAGAAGUUGUCUGAGAAACUUUCUGAAAGAACUAUAAAAGAUUUUGAGAUGAUGAAAGAUAUGAAAAUGAAAAUAAAUCCUCAAAAUGCGACAUUUAUGCCUUGGGAUCAUCCUUACUACAGUGGUGUCAUUCGCGCAGAGAGGUAUAAUAUUGAGCCCAGUUUAUAUUGCCCAUUUUUCUCACUUGGUGCAUGUAUGGAAGGUCUGAACUUACUAUUCCAUCAGCUCUUAGGGAUCUCUCUUUAUGUGGAGCAGCCAGAAGAAGGAGAGGUGUGGUGUGAAGAUGUUAGAAAACUGGCUGUGGUUCAUGAAACUGAGGGACUGUUGGGAUACAUCUAUUGUGACUUCUUUCAGCGAGCUGACAAACCACAUCAGGACUGUCACUUUACAAUCCGUGGGGGAAGAUUAAAGGAAAGUGGAGAAUAUCAGCUUCCAAUAGUAGUUCUUAUGCUGAAUCUUCCUCAUUCAACAAAUAAUGUACCACCUUUAUUAACUCCUGGUAUGCUAGAGAAUCUUUUUCAUGAAAUGGGACAUGCCAUGCAUUCUAUGCUGGGACGUACUCGUUAUCAACAUGUUACUGGGACAAGAUGCUCCACUGAUUUUGCUGAAGUUCCUUCUAUCCUGAUGGAGUUUUUUGCAAGUGAUUAUCGAGUGGUUAACCAGUUUGCAAAACAUUAUCAGACUGGCCAGCCAUUGCCAAAAAAUAUGGUGUCUCGACUCUGUGAAUCCAAAAAAGUCUGUGCUGCAGCUGAUAUGCAACUUCAGGUCUUCUAUGCAGCUUUGGAUCAAAUCUACCAUGGGAAACAUCCCUUAAAGAGGUCAACCACAGACAUUUUAAAGGAAACACAGGAGAAAUUUUAUGGGCUCCCUUAUGUACCAAAUACUGCCUGGCAACUGAGAUUCAGUCAUCUUGUAGGAUAUGGUGCCAAGUACUACUCCUACCUCAUGUCUAGGGCAGUAGCUUCCAUGGUUUGGAAAGAAUGUUUUGUGCAGGACCCAUUUAACAGGGCAAUGGGGGAGCGCUAUCGCAGGGAGAUGCUGGCACAUGGUGGUGGCAAAGAGCCCAUGCUCAUGGUUCAAGGUAUGCUUCAGAAGUGUCCCUCCAUUGAAGAUUUUGUGGGUGCUCUUGUGUCAGACUUGGAUCUGGACUUUGAAACAUAUUUUAUGGACUCUUGAAUAAUGUAGAAAUAACUCAUUUAUUUUUCAUACAAAACCAUCCACUUAAUAACUGUUUUGGAAAUGGCACAGCUCUGAAAACUUGUUCCUGACUUUCAGUGUUCACUUAUAUUGCAUAACAACUUCUGUAAAUCCUUGUUAGAACUUGGAAUAAAUAAUUUGUUCUAUAAUGAA